AAUGCUAUUGAUUCCUUUUUAUUCAAGCAAUGGUUGCAUAACUUGCAAAGUCAAAUUGGGAUUCUAGCUGAUUGCACCUUGGCUCUGAGACAAGUUCUAAUUAAGGGUGUAGACAUGUUUGGAAAGCGCAUUGGGUUUCUCAAAUUUAAAGUUGACAUUUAUGACAAACAAACGAGGAAGAAGGUUCCAGGUAUUGUAUUUGCAAGAGGACCUGUUGUGACUGUGUUGAUACUUCUGGAAUCAGAUGGUGAAACUUAUGCUGUCCUUACUGAACAGGCAAGGGUUCCUACUGGAAGAAUUAUUUUGGAAUUGCCUGCUGGAAUGUUGGAUGAUGACAAGGGUGAUUUUGUUGGCAGUUGGCAUCGUGAGGUUGAAGGGGAGACUGGCAUAAAGUUCCAACUUGAAGACAUGGUUGAUCUCACUGCUUUCUUGGAUUCUUCAACAGGAUGCAGAUUUUUUCCCUCACCGAUAGUAGACUAUAAGAGACCAACCUAUGAAGAAGUUAUGAGAACCUCCAAGCCUUACUUCCAAGGGAGUGCAAUAUCUGCCAAGUGCAAAUUGGCAAAAUGGUGAACUUUAUG